AUGAUGGCAAAACCAUGGAAUGAGCACCGUGGGACUAUCACCAAGUUGUAUAUCCAAGAAGGGAGGACGCUCGAAGACACACGCAACAUCAUGAAAGAUCAAUACAACUUUGAAGCAUCAAUCCGUUCCUAUCGGCAACACUUUGACAUAUGGGAAAUUGGCAAGUACAACUGCAAGAAGCGCGACAGACGCCGUCGUCAAUCCUUCGCCAAAACCCUCCCACUCUCCCCACCGCACUCUCCCUCAGAUGUGCCGGGAGAGGGAGAACGCAGCUCGCCAACAUCGACUUCUAGCUCAAUGAGCCGACGCUCCUCAGAGCAGAAGCCAUUGCCUGUCCUGAAGCAGCCUCAAGCGUACACGGCUUACUUUUAUGACCAGGUUCGAGCUCAGGGCGAUCAGCAGGUCAAGAUUGAGAACAACAGCCGGGGGCCACUUUGGGAGAGCUUGGAUACUGACUCGUUCCGCAACUCGAAUGUUGUCGGUCUGCCCUUUAUCAUGAAUCUGCAGGCUGGCCUGCUCAUCGAGGAGCACGGCCGUCGUACUCCGGAAGUCCUCCACAGGGGUAUUGUCGAACAUCUUUGCACGACGCAGUGCCGCGGACCCGGAACUACUGCCCUCAAACCAAUGGAGGGAUUGGCUUGA